CAGGCUCGUCCCCCAAGCUUCCUUGUACUCGCUCCUCGCAGUCCUCUAAACUUGCAUUCCCCUCCUCCUCAUUACCACCCUCGCACAUCACCGUCAAAAUGCAGCUCACGACGAUCCUGACCCUCGCCGGCGUCGCACUCUCCGCCGCGUUUGGUGUCUCCGCCAAGCAGGAUGCCAAGGCCACCACGAUUUGGCAGCCCACCGCGACCGUGGUCCAGACGAAGACGUACACGGGCACGCGCGUGGAGGAGAUCUGGACGACGACCCCACCCUACGAGUGGCUCACCACGUACCCCAUCACCUGGACGGCGACCGAAACUGAGACGCAGUAUAAGCCCGUCGUCACCAAUGUUGCCCGGCAGGUCGUCGGUGAGCGCCGCCAUGCUCGCGACUUCCAGCAGUCGUGAUUUUCCGUUCGCGCCGAUUUGUUGUGUUCGCGUUCGCUUGCCACUUUUCUGGACUGUUACGACUCUGAUGGGUCACGAUUUGACAUGACUUCAUGUGAUGCAUUUUUGUACUCACCGUUUUGUUUUGUGCUGUAUUUGACACGCUGUACCAUUAGCCCGUUAUGAUCGGAGCAAUCGCUCGAAAGGCAGUUUGUUUUGUCCAAACCGUAACGUCAAAUGAAAAC